GGGAAGUGGACUGUGUAACUUAGCAGAGGCAAAGCUGUUUUUAUGAAAGCUUCCUGAGGGAAUUAGACACUACACAGGGAUGUCUGUACUGCGCCGCGUUAGCUUGUGUGGGCGUUAAGUUAAGACAAGUGUUAAGACAACUCAAGUGUUAUUAGGGGCUUAAACGCAGGGUUAGGAAGAGGAGGGAGAAGUAUUACGACAUCAACCUGAGCUUCCUGAACUGAAGUCAAGCUAGGUAACUUAAACCUAUAGCACCAAAGGACGCCGAAGGUUAACAACCAAGCCGGGGAAAGGUUAAUUAACAGCCAGCUACUUCAGGAGACGAUUCGGAUUAACUUUUGUUGAACCUUAACAGACUUUGACGAUGUCGUUGGCUGACCAAAGCCAGCAAUGGUUUCCAACGAGUGUUCAGGUAACGGUUCACCAGGCUCGAAACUUGCGCGUCAAAGGCAAAAAUGGCACCAACGACGCCUAUGCCAUCAUCCAGGUGGCCAAAGACAAGUUUUCUACGUCUGUGGCCGAGAAAUGUAUCGAUCCGGUUUGGAAAGAAGAGGCGACGUUUGACCUCCCGCUUUUCCACCCAGGAAACGCUGAACGCUGCACCCUGUACAUCAUAGUAAUGCACCGAGCUCAAGUGGGGCUCGACAAGUUCUUGGGACAAGCUGUGAUAAAUCUAGUGGAUGUUAAUGACAACAAGUCUCGAAAAAAGACAGAUUGGUUCAAGCUUGUGGACAAAACUGGAAAGGAAGACAAGGACCGAGGUGAGGUGUUGCUGAACAUCCAGUUCAUGAGAAACAACAUGUCAGCUAGCAUGUUUGACCUUUCCAUGCAAGACAAACCACGGUCCCGCAUCUCUAAACUGAAGGACAAAGUCCGUGGGAAGAAAAAAGAUGGCUUCUCCGACUCAGCGUCAGCUAUCGUUCCCUCUGUCAGCCAGGUCCUGACUGAUAGUGAGGGAGAAGCUGAUUCAGUCUCGCUCAAUCAGUCUACAGGAGACAAAAAGAAAUCCAAGCUCAAAACCCUCUUUGCACCCAAAUCAAACCUGCAGCGGAACAUCUCUCAGUCCAUGUCUACCCUGGGGACGCUCCCUGAGAAGAACUCAUCUCUUAGUGGCAGCCGUUCAUCUGGCCUCAAUGUAGAAUCUCCGGAGGUUAAAAAGAAAUUCAAAUUCCUGGGUCACAAGCGAACAGGGAGCUCUGACAGCAAAGUGUCUCAGGGACCUUUCUCCCUCCUGGGUCGCUCCAAGCAAAGCGCCAGCGAUCAGAAUAACCUUUGCAUCAAUGGCAGCCACGUCUACACAGAGGAAGCAGAGACCAAGAGUGGGUCCACACUCAGCCUGAACAGCUCAGGACAGGGCUCUGUGGAGGAUGUCCGUAAACAAUCCUCUGACGCCUCUGUAGACACUUUCAAAAGUGUACCUGUUUCUGCCUUCAUCCGUGAGUCUACAGACAGGGCCACACUGGAGCAACAGCACCAUCAAGAGGAGGAGGAGAGAAGGCAGGCAGAAGAAAGGCGCAUAGCAGAGGCCAAGAGGCUCGAGGAAGAGGGGAGACGCCGGGCAGAGGCCAAGAGACUGCAGGAGGAAGAGGAGAAACGCAAGGCAGAGGCCAAGAGACUCCAGGAGGAAGAGGAGAAACACAAGGCAGAGGCCAAAAGACUGCAAGAGGAAGAGGAGAGACGCAAGGUAGAAGCCAAGAGACUGCAAGAGGAAGAGGCACGCAAGUACAGGGAGGAACAGGAGAGGAGGAAACGCUUCCUUGAGGAUGAAGCAAGAAGGAAGAAGCAGAGGGAGGAGGAAGAGGAGAGGAAAAGGCAAGAGGAAGAACGCAGGAUUCUGGAGGCAGCCGAGGAGGACAGACUGGAAGAGGAGCGAAGACAAGAGGAAGUGCAGAAAGCUGAGGAGCAGAAACGACAGGAAGAAGCCUCCAUGAGUGACCGGCUGUCAUCUCUGUUUGGGAUGAUCAGAAAGAAGGAUGAGAAAAAGGACGAGGUGCAGCCACAAAUGAAAGAAGAGCUGCCUACACCUGCCCCUCAUCAUCCAACAGAUCUUGAUCCAAAAGUUACCCAAAAAUCCACCAACCCAUUUGAAGACAGUCCCCCCAGUUCUGACCCUCCACCUCGCAGUAAUGAAAGCCCUGCUGACCAUCAACAACCCAGCCGCCCUCCGAUUACAUCUGCCAUGGUCUUCCUCAACCGUACUGCAAAAGUGUCUGCAGUGAAACCAAGAUUGUCUCAAACUCUGGAGUCUGAAUCCACUGACAGUCAAACCCUCAGUCAGCCGUGUCCUUCCCCAGCUGCCUCUGAAUCUACCCUGUCAAGUAUCCCAUCUGAGUCCCCUGAAAAUUUCCACAGUCUUCAUUCUUCUCUGGCUCCACAAAACAUAAGACAAAGCCCCGCUGAUUCUUUUCACAGCAGCACAGAGAAUCCUCCAUCUGUGGGAUCUUCACCCACCAUGGCAGAUAAGAAGAGGAGAGCCCCUUUGCCUCCUUCGUACCCUGUUAAUGGGGUCCAGAGUGGAGGAAGGGAGAUCAAGAAUCCGGCAUACGUUGAGGCAGAUGCACUGCAGCAAGGAUCAAAAAUCUCUAUACCACUUCCUGAUUAUGAAACGUUAUUUCCACAGAAGAGACAUGGAGUACAAGGACAAACACGAUGGGACCAUAUAAUAGCUGAGGUCAAUCAAAAACACAGGGACAGUCCACCUCAACAUUUGGGUAAAGAGAUGAAUGUGGAUGGCCCUGAGGAGGAAGAACCUACUCUUACAUCUUCACUUCCCCAGGAGACUUCUGCUAUGCGACAUUCUCAAACGCCUCAGGAGCCCAAACUUGUAACCUCGAAGAAAGCAGCAGCUCCAGCUCCUCCAAAACCAGUGGCCUCUCCAAACCUUAGAUCAGUAGCAGAUGCCACUCAUAGACAAAGUCAGAAAACUGCUCUUACUCCUCCAUCUCACAUGAGCCCUAAUCCACCUGCAGUCCAGGGAUCUGAUAGGACUGGACAGGGUUUCUCUGCAGUACCCAGGGAUGGAACAAGGAAAGUGUUGCGGCCAUCACCUGCAGCAGUACAAGUUCUCACACCAAAAAACCAAAUGGAUGUGGAAACUUCACCACCAGAUGACCAAACAGACACACAAACCAAGACAGAAGCACCCACUGCCAGACCCAGACAAAGGGUUAAUAGUAAAGAGCCUGUCCAGCAAAAUGAUUCUUCUGUGACUCCAGCUGUUUCUGAGAGAAACAUGAAUAAGAUCCCCACAUUUACUAGUUCUAGUGUGAAGAACAGGGACAAACAGGGAGCAGACAGCUUUGCUGAGUUUGAUCCAUUUCCCAGCACUGAGCUUCUGUCUAAUGACCCAUGGACUCAACCAAAGCAAAACCAGGAUGUAGAGAACCUUUUUACUGGCAGAACACAGAAGGAGCAGAAACCUGAAGAUCUGGGAAUGACCCCAGAUGAUCUUGAUAACAUUUUUAGUUCAGAAAAAUCUGAUCCCUUUUUGGUUGUAAAUGGCAAUGAUUCAUUCAAAGACAGUCACUAUCGGAAAAAAGAUGAGGAUUGGAAGCAAGUCAGCCCUGCUUUCCAAACACAGAAUCAAAGCCUGCCUGCAAGAGAUGGACAGAUUAAGUCUGUGGCAGCUCAGCAUGAAGCUGAUAGGAAACCACAAAGCAGUUUUUAUGGAGGAGAGGAUCCAUUUGGAGCUGAUCCUUUUACUGUACCCUCGUCUUCUUUCAUGUCCCCCUCUUUCACCUCCUCAGAGCCCCUCCAGGUAAUAAUGGAGGAACCAGCAUCUCAGGCAGGAGGUUUUCCUGGGGGAAGGAAUCUUUUGCGAGCUGAGGUUCAGCCUGUCAGUGCUCAGAAUAGCAACAGCGGUGGGCUAGCAUUAACCUCACGCAGGCCUCAUCCUGUGAAGCCCAUGAGCUCAAUUGAAAGCCAGCAUCCCAUAAUCGUUCCUGCUCUGAAAGAGAUAAAGGUCCGUGACAACACACCAGGGAAGAUGAAGGUGUCUGAAUCCAUGGAAAGUGGACCUUACACUCAGCUGACACAAGAAGAGCUGAUCACACUAGUGGUGAAGCAGCAAGCCGACCUGUCACGGAAAGACGCAAAGAUCGUUGAGCUGGAGGAGUAUAUAGACAACCUGCUGGUCCGUGUCAUAGAGGAGAAUCCCAGUAUCCUGCAGGCCCUCAAUGCGGCCAAACCAGUGUAAGAUGAGUGUUUGUCAUUGUAUCCUGAGAGAGGUGAUCUCUGUGACGGUUUAAGAGCAUAUGCACUUUUUCAGUUUCAGUGUAGUCAAAGUCUUUUGAGAAUGCUGGUAAAUCGUCUCUUAAGUCUUCAUUUUUUGGUGCAAACUUAUAACAAGCAAAUAAAAAUCUUUAUAAUUAAAGGAAAGUGUAUCAGUUUUGACACUAAGGUACAUUUUUUAAAAUCCUUGUUACACUAUAAUAUAUCCACCACCUUGAUUUAUAUGCAUACUUGAUAGGGCUUAGCCUUAUUUAAUAUACUAAAGAUGCAAAACAAACUGUUUUCUGAACUAUGGUCUUUUUACUUAAUACACUGGGCUUUGUAUCACUUACUGCUGUCAUGAUCAUAAACUUCGUAUCACCCUUACAAUAUUGCAACAUCUUGAGCUAAGAAUGUACUACUUCCUUAAAAGUUACCUUUCGUAAGAAAUGUCUUUGCAAUAGAUUGUUGAUUUUACUUGCACACAAUAUUCCAGUGGAUCAUGACUGUAUUAGUGAUCCCAGCACAUCACCAGCUUCCUUCCCUGAGGUCUUAUUUUUUAUCUGCUUUAUUAAUCCUUUUCCAGUAUGUGGUUAUAAAUCAAAUCAGUCUUCAUUUCUUACUCACCACAGUUGAAUGUCUGCUUGUCUUAAAACACUGUAUUUUAUGCUUAUUUUUGUAUCCAGGAUAUAUUUAGGAAAUGGCAAUCAAGGCAAACUCCUCCUGAAUUAUUUUCAAUCAAAGGGUAAUUAUAAUAAUUCAGUUUAUUCAUUGGUUGUCGUGUAACCUGUUCACAAACUGAUGUAAGAUAUUAUGCAAGAAAUAUAUAUACACAUAAUGUAAUUAUUGUAUAAUAGUCGGAGAUUUUGAUCACUGUGAUUUCUGCUUUUAUUUAUAUGAAGAUGAUGAGAUAAUCAGUACUUAAUGAUCAGAACAACAGCAAUAGACUUGAUUGUCGCCAGCCUUGUCUUUGUAUUUGAGAAACACUGAUGAAUGAUCCCUGCAUCCUUGCCUUUACAUUAUAUGAUGCCUUGGCAGAAAUUAGAGCAAUAUUAAUCCUUAGAAUGUAUAGAUCUGUGCCUUUUUCAACCUUUCCUGUGACUUUUAUGUCUGAUUUGCUGGACAGUUUUUGGCUACCUCUCCUGUUUUCUGGAGUGAGAGCUUAAAAAUGUACUGUGUGUUUGUCUGACAUAGAAACAAUGAAGUGUUGCUGAGCAAAAAUAUGUUUGUAUUUGAAAUAAAGACACUAAUUAUUUCACCAUUCU